UAAAUUAAAAACACGUUCUUAAUAUUCCCACAUUAACAUGAGUUUGAAAUGAACGGCAGUUAUUCUGUAGUUGUGGGUGUUAAAGAGUUGUGAAAAGUCGCUGCUUAUCGAUUUUCAAACUUAUCAAAUUUAUAAAUUAUUCCCGAUUACCAGCUACCUACUUUCGGUUAUGAAAGUCAAAAACAUGCUUCGUAUCUCAACACUUUAGGAAAAUAAUAGGAAAGGUACAGUUUACGUUUCAGAUUGGUUUUGAGUGGAUUUUUAAAAUAAUAUAUGUUUUCAUCAACUGGAGCAAAGAAUUUAAACACUUCAGUGAACAACAGAAUCCUUCCAGUUUGCAAACAUGAGGCUCACUGACGCAGUAUUCAAGACGUCAUCUCUGAAGAAAUUUACAAAUUACAAGAAUCCUGGAUAUCUGCACAAGGUGGUGAGAAUUCCAGCGCUGAAGGAUCAAGUGAAAUCUCGUCAACUGAAAUCAGAAUCUGCACCGUGUGUGAACGAGAUGAGUCGAAUGAUGGACUGUUGGAAAAAAUCUGACUUUAAUCAGAGUGCAUGUGGCAAAGAGACACAGUCAUUUCUACAAUGUAUGGCAGCCGCUGAGGCAUCCCAGCAGCAGAUCCGAGAGUUAGCAGCCAAGGGUAUGCCCAUGAAAGGUUCUCGGUUCAGACCCAGCAGCCAGGUGAAUGAGAUGUUGGCAAAGUACCCACAGCCAGAGUCCAACCUACAGGGCCCAGCUCCCAGAGGCAGAGGCCGGGGUAUGUGGGGGAUACCUCGCAAGAACUACGUGCCACAGUGACCCUCCUCACCCGCCAGCCGCCCACCCUAGUGUGUGUGUGUGUUUAUGUGUGUGUGAGUGUAUGUGUGUAUGUGUGUAUCGAAUAGGUUAAAUAUGUAACUGUGUGUGUGUGUGUGUGUGUGUGUGUGUGUGUGUGAGUGUGAGUGUGUGAAUGUGGAACUGUGUGUGUAUCGAAUAGAUUAAAUGUGUACAUUUGUUUGUAUGUGUAUGUGUGUGUGUGUGUGUGUGUGAGAGAGAGAGAGAGAGAGAGAGAGAGAGAGAGAGAGAGAGAGAGAGAGAAUGGUUUGCUAAUCGUUGGUUGUGUGGACAAAAAUAUGACCUCAAUGUGGUUUUUAGUUUGUGUUAAAUAAACUUUGAUUUUGGAAAAUGUC